AUGUCCGACUACCAAAAUCAAUUGGAAGAGAAAAAGCGACAUUUACGCAAUCGCUGGACAAGUAGAAUUGAAGAAACUAUUACGAAAUUUGUUCAAGACUAUAAGAUUAUUCUAUAUCAAAUACCUAUUGAAAAAGAAAUCAUCCGUAUUGAAUAUGAUUUCUUUGAUCGAUUAUCCGAACUUGAAUUUUACAGUGAAAAUUCAAAUGUGUAUCAAAAACAACUAUUUCAAUAUCUUACACAAAAGAAAUUUGAUAUGGAGAAAUCAAAACUAGAACUUGCUCUAUUAAAACAGCGUAUCACUCAUAAUCAUCUACCAACAUCAUUUGAUAAACUCGACAUAUCGAUACCUACUCCAAUACAUAAAAUAAUGGAUACGGAGACAGCUCAAUCUCUAAAAGGUCGAUAUGAUAAAAUUUUACAACGAACAAAAGUUGAUAUGAUGCAGGUUUAUGUUGAAGCUGCUGAAUUUCGAGCAAAUCAAUAUCGAUUACAGUUUAAUAAUGCAAUGAAUAAACUAAAAGAAAAUGAAUCUACACAUCUAUCCGAUAGAAUAUUAACUAAAGUUAUGUUCGAUAUUAUGAUAAAACGUUUCAACAAUAUUAGUGAACAUCUUGUAUCUGUCUACAAAUUAAAAGUUCGUGCUUUCACCAAACUUCGGACAGACAAGAAAUCCAAUUGA